AUGCUUUACUUGGUGGGCCUUGGGCUCGCCGACGAAACGGAUAUCACUAUAAAAGGGCUGGACGUAGUGAAAAAGGCUGAGCGAGUGUACUUAGAGGCAUAUACUAGCAUACUCCUCAUUAAUAAGGAAAAAUUGGAGGCUUUUUACGGCAGGCCCGUGAUAGUAGCGGAUCGCGAAACUGUUGAGACUGGGAGUGAUGAUAUCUUGGCUGGGGCAGACAAAGUGGACGUUGCGUUUCUAGUCGUCGGCGACCCCUUCGGUGCAACGACACACACCGAUCUCGUCCUACGUGCUCGGGAGCUCGGCAUCCCAACAAGAACCAUACCUAAUGCGUCGAUUAUGUCUGCAAUUGGCUGUGCUGGUUUACAGUUAUACAACUUCGGACAGACCGUGAGCAUGGUGUUUUUCACCGAGACCUGGAAGCCUUCGUCAUUCUAUGAUCGGAUUAAGGAAAAUGCUCAAGUAGGCCUUCACACGCUUGUGUUGCUUGAUAUCAAAGUGAAGGAGCAAUCACUAGAGAACAUGGCUCGAGGUCGAAAAAUCUACGAGCCUCCUCGGUACAUGACCGUAGCUCAAUGCGCCAGCCAAAUGCUUGAAAUAGAAGAGGAGCGGCAGGAGGGAGUAUAUAGUCCCGAUAGCCUCGCAGUCGGCGCCGCCCGAGUGGGCGCUGAAAACCAAAAAUUAGCAGCGGGUACCCUUAGAGAACUGACGGAGCUAGACAUGGGCGAACCGCUGCAUUGUCUAAUCCUACUUGGCAAACGGACCCAUGAUUUGGAGAGAGAUUUCAUUCGGGAUUAUGCUGUUGAUAAGGCUUCAUUUGACAGUGCUUGGAACAAUAGACAAGAAACGAAAACAUAA